CUUGGCAACACUCUCUAAAAGUACUGUUUGAUGUUUGUUAGCUUUUCAAGCUACUAUUAGUGAUUUUAUGCAUCCUAUUUAAGAAUUUUCCAAGUGUUUUUUACGAUGGAGGACUGUAGUGAUUUAGAUCGGCAAAUUGAACAAUUAAGGAGGUGUGAGAUCAUCAAAGAAAGUGAGGUGAAAGCAUUAUGUGCUAAAGCACGUGAAAUCCUUGUUGAAGAAAGCAAUGUUCAAAGGGUGGAUUCUCCAGUCACAGUUUGUGGUGAUAUUCAUGGUCAGUUUUAUGAUUUGAAAGAACUUUUUAAAGUUGGUGGAGAUGUACCGGACACAAAUUAUCUUUUUAUGGGAGACUUUGUUGAUCGUGGUUUUUACAGUGUAGAAACAUUUCUCCUUCUUUUGGCUUUAAAGGUACGGUACCCAGAUCGCAUAACGUUAAUCCGUGGAAAUCACGAAAGUCGACAAAUUACUCAGGUAUAUGGUUUUUAUGAUGAAUGUUUAAGGAAAUAUGGCUCUGUAACAGUUUGGAGGUACUGCACAGAAAUAUUUGACUACCUAAGUUUAUCAGCAGUCAUUGAUGGGAGGAUAUUUUGUGUGCACGGUGGACUUUCUCCAUCAAUUCAAACUCUCGAUCAAAUUCGUACAAUUGACAGAAAACAAGAAGUUCCUCAUGAUGGUCCUAUGUGUGACUUGCUAUGGUCAGAUCCAGAAGACACUCAAGGAUGGGGCGUUAGUCCAAGAGGAGCUGGUUAUCUAUUUGGUAGUGAUGUUGUAGCUCAGUUUAAUACAGCAAACGAUAUCGACAUGAUCUGCCGAGCACAUCAGUUAGUAAUGGAAGGUUACAAAUGGCAUUUUAAUGAAACAGUUCUCACUGUAUGGUCUGCUCCAAAUUACUGCUAUCGAUGUGGAAAUGUUGCGGCUAUUUUAGAAUUAGAUGAACAUUUACAAAGAGAAUUUACAAUUUUUGAAGCUGCUCCUCAGGAAACAAGAGGUAUACCUACUAAAAAGCCACAGCCAGACUACUUUUUAUAAAGCCCUUUUGAAGAAGUCCAUUAGUAGCUAUGGAUUAUUUAUCUAGCUGCUUGUACUAUACCACACGUGUGUCCCAUCUGUGGAAUAGACAAGAAUAGAGUUGAAACUGUGCCAGUUGGAAAUAUAAAUAAUUUAAGCAGUAAGGAUGUACAGUUGCUAUGCCUCAUUUUCCCUGGAAGUAUAUUUUAUCUUGAGUAUUAAAUUGAAAUUUUUUAAAUGAAUUGUCCUGUACAUAAUGUCUCUCAUUAGCAUUUCUUUUAUUCUUACUCUUGUACAAUCUUUUUCAUGUCAAAGAAAUUUAAAUAAAUUUCAGCAUUG